ACCACUCUGUGUCAUACUUCCACGUUACUCAUUAACCGACUUCAAAAAAAAAAAAAAAAUAGCCUCAGCCAGAUUAGGCGUCACGUGAAGAGUUUCCUGCACUGGGGGAACAGAGCAAAGCCAAACGCAGGGAUUUUCACAUCAUCGGAGGUGGGGGAUUCAGAAAUGAGCCUUUGAGCUUAUUUCCUGACCUGCCGAUCGGCACGGGCGCAAUGGUGAAGAAAAGGCUGUCUUCCAGUGACACGGUGUUCCGGUUUGACAUUCCGGGCAGCCCAAGAAAGGCAGGCACCGAGGCCCCACACAGCGCCACAGACUGCCCCAGCUCUGUGCUUCUCAGCUCAGAGGCUGAGAAUGGUUUGGAGGAGAAAAAGAAGAUCUGCAGGUCGCCAACAGCCCAGUCCCCUACCCCGUCCUGCGAGGCUGAGUCCCCAGACCAGAAGAGAAUCAUUUCCUUGCGGUCAAAAUCCAGUUUUGAUGGUGCCUCUUUAGCAAGUGAUAAGAACGACUGUAAAACAGAAAGCAAAAAUGAAUCUAAGAUGGACAGGAAGAAGUCUUCGUCUUCCAGCCAGUAUAAGGCAAACAUGCACUUCCACAAGCUGUUUCUUGAUGUCCCAACUGAAGAACCAUUGAGGCAGAGUUUUACGUGUGCUCUACAGAAAGAGAUAUUAUACCAGGGGAAGCUCUUCGUAUCAGAAAACUGGAUUUGUUUUCAUUCCAAGGUGUUCGGAAAAGACACUAAGAUCUCUAUUCCGGCUUUCUCCGUCACCCUAAUAAAGAAAACCAAAACUGCCCUUCUGGUGCCAAAUGCCCUGAUUAUAGCGACAGUCACAGACCGGUACAUAUUUGUCUCCUUACUCUCCAGAGAUUCCACUUACAAACUACUAAAAUCUGUGUGUGGACACUUAGAAAAUACAAGUGUUGGGAACAGUCCCAACCCGUCUUCUCUUGAGAACAGUUUCCGGGCAGACCGCCCUUCAUCUCUGCCUCUGGAUUUCAACGAUGAAUUCUCAGAUCUGGAUGGAGUAGUUCGACAAAGAAGGCAAGACAUGGAAGGAUACAGCAGUUCUGGUUCCCAGACUCCUGAAUCCGAGAACUCUCGAGAUUUCCAUGUGACAGAAUCCCAGACAGUUCUGAAUGUCUCCAAGGGAGAAACAAAACCAACUCGGGCAGAUGCCCAUGUGAAUAGAGUGCCUGAAGGAAAAGCCAAGAGUCUCCCUACACAUGGUCAGUCAGAAACCAUUGGAAUCUUACACAAAGUAAAGCCUCAGACAUGUACGACUCUCCACCACAUUCUUAUUUUUUACGCAAUCGUUGUCUGUGCACUAAUCAUCUCGACCUUCUACAUGAGAUACAGAAUUAAUACUCUGGAGGAGAGGCUGGGGUCACUAACCUCCACUGUGGACAUUCAUCAUAAUGAACAGACAGCACCAUCCGGCCUGGGGUCACAAGUCCAAUUAAACGUGGAGGUCCUCUGCCAAGAGCUUACAGCUAACAUAAUGAAAUUAGAAAAGAUACAAAACAACCUACAGAAGCUGCUUGAGAAUGGUGACUGACAGACCACAUUGUUCGGGCCAACAUGAUACCUCGUGCUUCCCUUUGAAGAAAGUGUUCGUUCCCCCAGUCAUUGUGGUGGAGCGCUCCCUGCUGGCCAGAGGAGCGAGCUGAUGGGCAUCCCUAGCCAUGUGUGCACUUGGAGGUCUCCAGCUCAGGAAAGGGGGGAACAGAAAUAAUUGUGGUUCCUGUGCAAUAAACAUGGACCCUGUCUGAGGAAGUUUUCAGUGCUGCUUCCUCAAGAAAACAGACCCAUCUCUGGAGGUCUCAGGAAGGGCCUUGGUGGACACCCUCUCGGAUGAUUGUGGUUCCACAGUUAACUUGACUGUCAGCAAACACACUCCACUCCAUGCCUUUUCGGUCCUUUCCCUGCCCCUUUUCUCUCCUGUACACCCCUCUGAACCAACCUUCAAAGUAAGGAAUAGGUCACGUGCCAAUAAACUUGAUACAAUCCUUACGAGAAUUAGCCAGAACUCUCCAAAACAGCAAGAAAUAGCUCUAACAGACAGACUCGCCUCAAGCAACACCAACAUGUUUUUCUUUUCCCCCCUUCUGCUGUUCUGUUCUGCUUUAAAUCACCUGUAUAUCUUCUCAAUAGAGUACUGGCAAGAAUAUCACAGAGCAGAUUAAACUAUCCCACGAGUGUUGUGUUUUGUUCAACUAACACUUAACUGGACUGGUCAGCACCCACCCCAGAUCCAGAAACUGUGACACAUGCGACUCAAGUACUAAAUUAAGCGUACUCUGCAACCAAAACUAAUCUUUAAACCAAAAAGUACCAUAGUGCUUUGAUACUGGAUGAAAAACACUGAACUUUUAAAUGGACAGGUGAACUAUGUUACUUUUGAAACAGGAUGUCCAUAGUGAACGCUGAAGCCCAUUUGAGCAUGACAAGUGCAUGCUUCUCCCUCUUGCUGACGAAAAUAAAGAAGUAACUGGUGGUUUACUAACUUCUGUUUCCCAUAUGAGUUGGCUGGUUUUUAUUAAUAAUUAUUUAGGUA